AUGGAAAAUAAAUUUGUAAAGAUUACACCUGAACCUCUUAUUCUUCAAGAUAUUGUAGAUUUAGUAAAAGAUGACAGUGCGGGUGCUAUUACUACUUUUAGUGGAACAACUCAUAAAAUAGUUGUCCAAUUGGAUUAUGAAGCAUAUAUUCCAAUGGCAGAAAAGAUUUUAUUGUCAAUGAUUGAUGAAAGUAGAUCAAAAUGGAAUUUAAUAAAAGUGGCAAUUUAUCAUCGUGUUAAUACUGUACCUGUUGGUGAAACAAGUGUUAUAAUAGCUGUUUCAAGCGCUCAUAGGCAUGAGUCAAUUCAUGCAGUUGAAUGGUUGAUUGAUCAAUUGAAAGAUAAAGCACCAAUUUGGAAAAAAGAAAUUUACAAUGAUGGAAGUAAAAAUAUAUUGACAAGUAUUAUUCAAUAUUUGGAAAAUUUUAAACCAAAUUAUGUCGAGUUUGUGUCAUCAUUGUCUAAAACCAUAACAGCGAUGCCAAUAAUUAAUAUAUUAACAGUAGAUUUGGCUGAAUUGACAAAAGAAAUAGAUGAUUGUCUAAAUGUAGCAUCUGAAUUAUUAUCACCACAAACUUCAAAUAUGUCAGAAUCAUCAUUAUUGGUACAAAAUAUUGCUGACACUAUUCAAAAUCUAUGUAAUGAUAUCAAAAAAGAGUUUCAAGAAUUGACAGAAUGUAACAAUUUAUUACGGGAUCUUUAUGAUGCAGAAAUUAAUGAGAGCAGUUUGAGAAUACGGAAAUUGAAUUUACUUGAAACUGCAAAUUCUUAA